UUUACCAAAAAUUCCAAGAAUUUCGCUGAGAUUGUUCUGUUCGUUUAGUAGCUGAAGCCAGUUGUCUCCGGGACAUACACUUAAAUAUUUUUUUUGACUAAGCCACGCACGGUUAAACACCCAAAAUUGAGCUUUGUUACAUGUACAUUUUUUAGAUAAAGAAGUAACACGAAUACUUCACUUAAAUAAACUCCGCUCUGUUUUUGGGUGCAAAUCUGUGGAAAGUAGUGUGCGCGAUUACGGUAACUUUCAAUCCGGACUUUCGCCAUGUUCCGUAGCAACUUGGAAGCCAGUGGCGCAGCAGACAACUUCGCGGCUUUUCACGCAAGGGGAGGACUAAACAUGCUGGGCCUCCAGGACAUGUACCUAGACACCAGUGGCGCCAACUCAUCGGCCACUCUCAGUCCGCCCAGCACCCCCCUGACGCCGCUGACGCCCGACCCGUCGACUGCCGUUCAGACGACGCACUUUCCCCUUUUGGCGGAUAGCGCUGCCGCUGCCAAUACGCUGUUGCUCCAACGGCAGUAUCACUACCACUUGCUGCUCCAGCAGCAGCAACAACAACUUGCCCUGGCGCAGCAUCAGUUAGCGGUGGCGGCCUCGGCAGCGGCGGCCAGUGCAAAUCACCAGCAAAAGGACGAAAUUGCGCGAUCCUUAAAAAUCUUUGCGCAGCUGACGACGGGGCCAGCAGAAAACGCGGCUGGAUCCACGCAGGAUGUGAUGCAGGAGUUUGCUGCCAACGGCUAUGUGAGCGACGACCUCAGCCGCUUUUCCUACGGGAGCGUUACGCCGCGUUCUCAAACGCCUCCGCCGGCGCAGCAGCAACAGCAGGAAAUGCACCUGCCACUGGGUCACAAUCCCGUCCAGCAGCCGGCUGGAAGCACCAAUUUGAUGCCGGUGCCGGCUUCACUUGCCUCCCAUUGGCUGCACAAUUAUCGCGAGCAGUUAAACAACGUGUGGCGCCACAUGUCCUACAUACCGGCCACUACCAGUGCAGUGUGUUUGCAGGCCCAGGCAGCGGUGAACAUGGCACCCAAUCUCAAUGUGGGAUUGCCCGUCCAGGCGGAGCAGCUACGUGGUGCUUCCAGUCCCAGCACUAACGUCAUCAAGUGGAACAAGCGAUACAAUAACAACAGCAAGGCCAAAGAGAUCAGCCGCCACUGCGUCUUUUGCGAAAACAACAACGAACCGGAGGCGGUGGUCAACAGCCACACAGUACGGGACAACUUGAACAGAGUGCUGUGCCCCAAGCUGCGCACCUAUGUCUGCCCCAUUUGCGGGGCAUCUGGGGACUCGGCGCACACCAUUAAAUACUGCCCCAAAAAGCCGAUCAUCACCAUGGAGGAUGCGAUUAAGGCGGAGUCAUUCCGCCUGGCCAAGAGCAGUUACUACAAACAACAAAUGAAGGUUUAGAGAACACAUCCAGCAGGAGCAGAGGCUCUGGCAGAAUCUGUAGCGUUUAUAUAGCUAGAAAUAUAUAUACGCGUUCCGAUCAAGACUGGAUUUACCAGAUAACUGAUACAGUUAAAAUAGCGCCUGGCGCGUUCGAUUUUAUAAUGUUUCAAAAACUUAUCUCGUGCCUAUAUUUCUAAUAGUAUAGUCAUCGAGCGAUCACU